CCUUGGUGACCGUCUCUCCGACUCACUGGUCAGAGCGGAAUCUGAUUCCAUGGCUGCGAGAUACCAUCUAGCGAUUCGCGAUUCGUGUCGCUCUCCGUCGCGCAAUAUUAUGUUCGAAUGACCGGGCGUCUGAGGUUCGCCGACACGCGCCAGCAGAUCCAGCUGAUGCAAAAGAAUCGAACAGCAUUAGUCAUGGCGCAGGACCCAUCACCGUCCGUGUGCGCGUGCAACAGACACCGCGGUCGCAGUGCGCUGAUGGAGUGAUAGCACGACAGCACCGCUGUACUGACUGCGGGAGAUCUGGAUCCGGUCCGUAGUUCGCGGUGCAGCGUGGGCCAUGAGCGGUCCCAGAGCGGUCUCAAAUACUAGGCCCACUCCGAUAGACAGGCCCAAGUGCUAUUCAUUGGUCGCGGGAAGACAGGAGGCAGGCCAAGCCCACCCUACAUCCACGAUUGUUCGAAUAUCACACAAACGGAUUGAGAAACGAGGUCUGAUAGACAUCGGCGAGUUUGAGGAUGCCGCGCGGCUGCAGUAGUGCUUUCCAGAUCACAGAUUGAGAAGUCGGCCAGUGCAAGCCUUGCGGCCUAAAGAGCAGCUGUUCUGUUCGGGAGCUGGGCAUGAGCUGGACAUGGGUUUUGAUUCAUGAGUGUGAUUGGACAGUUAAGAUGUCCAGUGGACAGCGAGUGUGAAACCGGAUAGUCGGCGAACAUUCGGGAGAAAGCUCGCAGCUGGGCAGGCAGCCCGUGCUCCUAGCAGUAGUAGUAAGCUAUUGCAUGCCGUGAACGGCGCCCGAGCCAGAGCCAGAGCCAGAGCCAAGACUCUCGAACGCCUUCUCAGCGUUGAUUACCUUGAAGUUUCGGGCGGACUCACUAGUGUUCCUACUGUUCGAUGGAAUCUGC